CGGCACUUCCUGCUCUCCGUGCCCGACGACUUCCCGGACCCCGCGCGGAACCUCCCCUACGGCCAGACCUUCUUCGGCCGCCCCUCCGGCCGCUACUCCGACGGCCGCAACCUGCUCGACUUCUUCGCGGAAGCGUUUGGGCUUCCAUUUGUGCCGCCGUACCUUGGCGGCGGGGACUUCCAAUAUGGCGCAAACUUUGCGGUCGGGGGGGCUACUGCCCUCAAUGGUUCGUUCUUCCGGGAACGUGGUGUGGAGCCUACGUGGACGCCACACUCCCUUUAUGAGCAGAUACAGUGGUUCAAGAAGCUUCUCCCAUCAAUUGCACCGUCAGAGACAGAACGCAGUGAUAUAAUGUCCAAUUCACUUUUCUUUGUCGGAGAGGUCGGUGGAAAUGAUUACAACCAUCUAAUUGUGAGGGAUAAGUCUCUUGAUGAGCUACAUGAGCUUGUUCCUAAUGUUGUUGGUGCCAUAAGCUCGGCCAUCACGGAUCUUACAAGUCUUGGAGCAAACAAAUUAGUUGUUCCAGGGAACUUUCCCAUAGGGUGUGUCCCAUUAUAUCUUUCAAUCUUUCCAAGCCAAAAGGAGGAUUACUAUGAUGAACAAACAGGCUGCAUUAAGUGGCUCAAUGAAUUUGCCGAGUACCAUAAUAGUAUGCUUCAGGAGGAAUUGGAAAGGCUCAGGAAUCUUUACCCUGAUGUGACCAUCAUUUAUGCUGACUAUUAUGGUGCUUCAUUGAACAUAUUCCGGGCCCCACUCCAGUUUGGCUUCACAGUCCCACUGAAUGCAUGCUGUGGAAGUGAUGCUCCAUAUAAUUGUUCCCCAUCAAUAUUGUGUGGACGGCCUGGAUCUACAGUGUGCUCUGACCCAUCAAAGUACAUCUCAUGGGAUGGUCUACACUUCACUGAGGCGAGUUACAGAGUCGUCAUUCAAGGAGUACUAGGGGGUUAUGCCAUUCCUCCUCUUUCAGAAACUUGCAAGGGUGGAGAAUUCAAAGUAUCCCAACUUCACCAAUGUACAGAUAAUCCAACAAACACUGUAACAUAUGAUACUUUGAGCUCUUUUAUUUAAUCUGCUGAGCUCAAGUGCGUUUAGAGUCCUGGUAAAAAAAAUUGUGCAUUUGGAGUUAUAAUGAGCAGUAUAGAUGUUGCAAGGCCCUGCUGCAUCUUGGACACGUCUCAAAGUUGAGAAGAGGUCCAGUGAUCUGGAGUCAUGUAGUUCUUGAUACACGUUGCUGCUGCAAGAAGGAAAGAAAAGAAAGGAGAUUUUGUAGUGCAGAAAUUCACAAUCGUUUUGUGCAUUGCUUUGCUCAGCUCAUUUUUUAGCAGCUUACUGCAGUAGGAAAUGAAAAGGAAAGCAUAAGUUUACAGUCUGCAGGUGAUGAUACUAUAUAGGAAACUAGAUUUAUGAUUCAGCUCCUGAAGGCAAUGUAUGCAGUACUAUAUAUGGGCUCAAUUGCCUUUCAAUAGAUACAAGCAUAUAGUACACGUAGCUUUAUUGA